GACCGUGAUGAUGGCGUCCCUCGGUAACACCGGCAGCGCCUCCAGCCCGAUGGUCAUGCUCGCCCCCAAAACCAAGACCAAAAAGAAACAUUUCGUGCAGCAGAAGGUGAAAGUGUUCCGGGCGAGCGACCCGAUGCUCAGCGUGUUCAUGUGGGGCGUUAAUCAUUCGAUAAAUGAUUUGAAUCAAGUUCCAGUGCCCGUCAUGCUGCUCCCGGACGACUUCAAAGCCAACACCAAAAUUAAAGUGAACAAUCAUCUCUUCAACAAAGAGAAUCUUCCAGGCCAUUUUAAAUUUAAGGAGUACUGUCCGCAAGUCUUCAGGAACCUCAGGGAGCGAUUUGGAAUUGAAGAUCUUGACUAUCAGGUGUCCCUGGCUCGCAGUGCUCCCAUGAGAGGCGAUGGACAGGGAGAAGGUCUUCUCUUCACGUCCUAUGACCGUACGCUGAUAGUAAAGCAGAUCUCCAGUGAAGAAGUAGCUGAUAUGCAUAACAUUCUGUCCGAGUAUCACCAGCAUAUAGUGAAGUGUCAUGGCAGUACACUCCUCCCUCAGUUUUUGGGCAUGUACCGGGUUACGGUGGAGAGCGAGGACACGUACCUGAUCGUCAUGAGGAACAUGUUCAGCCACAGACUCGUUGUCCACAGGAAAUACGACCUGAAGGGUUCCCUGGUAGAUCGUGAGGCUAGUGACAAAGAGAAGGUGAAAGAGCUGCCGACUUUUAAAGACAUGGAUUUCAGAAAUAACAUGCAGAAGGUGUACGUGACAGAAGAGCAGAAAGAGAAGAUUAUGGAGAAGCUAAACCGAGAUGUAGAGUUCCUGGUGAAGCUGAAGAUAAUGGACUACAGCCUGUUGCUAGGCAUCCAUGAUGUGGCACGUGGCGAGCGGGAGGAAGAGGAGGCCGAGGAGCCCAGCUGUGAAGAUGACACUGAUCCCGAGAACGGCCUUGCUCCGGCCGCGCAGGUGGGCUCGUACGGCACGUCGCCGGAGGGCAUCGCCGGUUACAUGAACUCCUUCAAACCCCUGGGACCUGGAGAAUUUGACCCUUACGUUGAUGUAUACGCUGUCAAAAGUGCCCCAGGAGCGCCGCAGAGGGAGGUGUAUUUCAUGGGCCUCAUUGAUGUGUUGACGCAGUACGACACGAAGAAGAAAGCUGCCCACGCUGCGAAGACCGUUAAACAUGGCGCUGGUGCUGAAAUAUCUACGGUUCAUCCAGAGCAGUAUGCCAAACGAUUCCGUGAAUUCAUCUCCAACAUUUUUGCGUAACCACUUCUGGAUAUCUUUAGCAACACUUUAAGGUCACGCUUCACCCCAAAACCCCCCAAAAUUAUAUUUUGCAUAAAGAAAUUAGGUCUAUUUUUUAGGACUAUUAAGUUAUUUUUCAUUGUGACACUAUUUUUAUGACAAUAAAACACAUUUGCCUCAUUACUGUAAUAUGUCCAGAUGUUUUUUUUUUUUUUUUUUUGUGAUUGUCAUUGCAAUAAUACAGUACUUUUUAAAUUGAAUUCAACGCAUGUCUAUGCACACGCGCACACAUGCAGAAAAUAAAUGUAUUAAUAAUAAUUGUAUUUAAAAAGAACUGUAUUAUUGAGUAUGAAAUUAUUUCUUAUUUUCGAUUUUUUUUUUUUUUUUUUCUCUCUCUUUCAUAUAUUAGGUAUAUAUUUACAUAAACACACACAGACAGACAACAAUAGUACUCAAUACAGUAAUUCGUAAUAAAAUUAUUAUUAGGUUAGGUUCAAUUAUUAGGUUAUUAAUAUUAUUUAUAUAACAAAUGGAAGUAUUUCUUAUUUUAGAUUUUUAUUAAUAAUUUUCUAUAUUCCAUGUGUGUGUGUGUGUAUGUAUAUACUCUUAUAUUUUGUAUGUGUAUAUAAAUUUGUUUUGAAUUAUUAGGAGAAUUUGGAGGGGAAAUGUGUUUUAUUCUAAAAAUAAAGUCCGAAUAAAAAAAUUCUUAAUGGUGUUUAAUAGGCUUAAUUUUUUUUUAAAGCAAAAUAUAAUUGUAUUUUUUAUUUUUUUGUCAGAUUCACUCAACAUGUUUCUAUCUGCCGCCAUCACAUACGUUGUGUUUUUUUUUAGCGUCUCUUCAUAUUUUUUCACAUUGUGCUUCAUAUUUUCAUAACAUAGCACGAUAUGUCUCAUCCACACUACAGCUACGUUCAUUAAGGAUGUAUUCACAAAUAAAUAACACUAGAUUCGCAUGAAUCGCUUUAUGACAUAACCUACAAAACAUGGGAACAUCGCCUAAUCUGUUAAGGAGAUAAAACUCCAAACCUGUAGCAGUGACAUAACUUGUUCUUGGUGUGUUCUCUCUCGUUCUUUGGACUUUGGCUUGGCAGAGAGAAAAACCGUCGCCUUAACCGCUUGUGGAGGAAUAGCAGAAACUCAAGUUGUGCGAUGCUUUAAGUGCAUGCUAGCUUCGUUUGAUAUAUGCAGCACUAGAAUGUUGUGAGGAGGAUAAGAUAAAAAAAACAAAUAAAAACACACAAACUGACAAGCCGGUGACCUUAAGUGUACGUUAAGGGUCUAGAUUAAAGUAAUAUUAUGAAUUGAAUGCUGACUGUUUAUAUGGAUGGAUGGAUGGAUGGAUGGAGCACACACUCUUCUUUUCUCUUAUUUGAGCUAUUUUAUGCAGUUAGCCUUAAUGCAGAAAAGAGGACUUUUUGUAGUUUGUAGUUGAAAUACUUUAGCAACACUGAGCUGAUUUAGUAUGAAAUGCCUUAUUGUUGCAUUUUAUUUAUUUUGCAAAUCAGUGUUUGGACCAAAUAUAUUUUUCAGAGAUUUCCAAAAACACGGUUUCUCUUAUUUAUUCAUUUUAGCUUUGUACAAUUCCAGUAGGCACAAUUCCAGUAUGUCCAUAAUAGUUGUAUUUUAAAUGGUAUUUUUAGAGCUGUUUUAACACCUUAACAUGUUACAUUAAGACAAGUUGUUACAUUGUAUUCACAUAAUGCAUGUAACGACUGUAAUUACCAAUAAUGUGCAUUCCUAAGUACAAUAAAAACAUUUUUUCUUAUAA